AUGCCUAUACAGAACUUGGUAAAAUUCACUACUUUGCAUUCCCUUCAACGAAAAAAGACCUCCUUUGCCCUGCUUCGCACAUUCCCAGAAAACAAACUCAGCCAAAAACAUCUCAUGGCCUCAUCACUCAUCACUAAUCCUCUAAUCUCCUCCAACUUCCUCCGCACCCAAAGCUUCUUCUCCAGUUCACCUCGCGCACGUAUAACACUUCCCAGAAAAUUCCCAAUCCCACAGUCCCUUUUCAACGGUAAAAAUCCCAAGAAACCAACAAUUAUCCGAAAUCACGCAGCUGUAGCUGCCCUGCUCUUCUCAUCAGUCAUUCCGCAAGCACUCGCACUAGACAAUGCUCCCCCACAACCACCUCCUGCCCCACAAGUAAUUGAGAUCGAGGCCCAAAAGCCCGGCACGUCGUCUCCCUUCGGCCCGAACCUGAUCCUGGACGCCCCCAAGCCGCAGUCACUGCCCGCCUCAGAUCUCCCGGAGGGUUCCCUGUGGCGCUACAGCGAGUUAUUGAACGCGGUGAGGAAGGGAAAGGUCGAGCGUGUGAGGUUCAGCAAUGACGGAGGUGCCCUUCAGCUGACCGCCGUCGAUGGUCGCAAGGCCGCCGUGGUCGUCCCCAACGACCCGGAUUUGAUUGACAUUUUGGCCAUGAAUGGCGUCGAAAUCACAGUCUCCGAAGGAGAGUCCGAGAACGGGCUGUUCAAUUUCAUAGUGAGUCUGCUUUUCCCCCUCCUCGCUUUCGGCGGGCUUUAUUUCCUGUUCAGACGGGCCCAAGGCGGCCCGGAAGGGCCCGGCGGCCUUGGAGGGCCCAUGGACUUCGGCCGGUCCAAAUCCAGGUUCCAGGAGGUCCCGGAGACCGGCGUCACUUUUGCUGAUGUGGCCGGUUGUCUUUUAGUGGGCCCUCCAGGCACGGGGAAGACCCUUUUGGCUCGAGCAGUGGCUGGCGAAGCUGGGGUGCCGUUUUUCUCUUGCGCAGCCUCGGAAUUUGUAGAAUUGUUUGUGGGGGUCGGGGCUUCGAGAGUGAGGGAUUUGUUUGAGAAAGCAAAGUCGAAAGCGCCUUGCAUUGUAUUUAUAGACGAAAUUGAUGCCGUUGGGCGGCAAAGAGGGGCUGGACUUGGGGGUGGUAAUGAUGAGAGAGAGCAGACUAUUAAUCAGCUUUUGACUGAGAUGGAUGGGUUUUCCGGUAAUUCGGGUGUGAUUGUGCUGGCUGCAACUAACAGGCCCGAUGUUCUUGAUUCGGCCUUGUUGAGGCCUGGGAGGUUCGACCGGCAGGUUAUGGUGGACAGACCAGAUGUUGCUGGCAGGGUUAAGAUUCUUAAGGUCCAUUCAAGGGGAAAGGCGCUUGCAAAGGAUGUUGAUUUCGAAAAGAUUGCACGGAGGACACCAGGUUUUACUGGUGCAGAUUUGCAAAACCUAAUGAAUGAGGCAGCCAUUAUUGCAGCACGACGCAACUUUACCGAAAUAAGCAAAGACGAGAUAUCCGAUGCCUUGGAGAGAAUAAUAGCUGGACCAGAAAAGAAAAAUGCUGUUGUCUCUGAUGAAAAGAAGAGACUUGUUGCUUACCAUGAGGCCGGGCAUGCAUUAGUUGGUGCCUUGAUGCCAGAAUAUGAUCCAGUAGCAAAAAUAUCUAUAAUUCCGCGUGGACAGGCAGGUGGGCUUACGUUUUUUGCUCCAAGUGAAGAGAGACUUGAGUCGGGAUUGUAUAGUCGGAGCUACUUAGAAAAUCAGAUGGCUGUUGCACUUGGUGGAAGGGUUGCCGAAGAGAUUAUAUUCGGACAAGACAACGUAACAACUGGGGCAUCCAGCGAUUUCAUGCAAGUCUCAAGGGUUGCAAGACAGAUGGUCGAGAGGUUUGGGUUCAGCAAGAAGAUCGGGCAAGUGGCCAUAGGUGGUUCUGGUGGAAACCCAUUUCUCGGACAACAGAUGUCAUCCCAGAAAGACUACUCCAUGGCGACAGCAGACAUAGUGGAUGCCGAAGUCAGACAGCUGGUCGAGACAGCAUACAACCGGGCCAAGCACAUAGUCACCACACGAAUCGACAUUCUACACAAACUUGCUCAAUUACUGAUCGAGAAAGAAACGGUUGAUGGAGAGGAGUUCAUGAGCCUCUUCAUAGACGGCCAAGCUGAACUCUACAUCGCCUAA